AUGAGCGCCAGCGCGGGCGGCGGCGGCGGCGGGGACAGCGGCGGCAGCAGCAGCAGCUCGCAGGCGUCCUGCGGCCCCGAGUCGUCGGGCUCCGAACUCGCCCCGGCCGCGCCGGCGCCCCGGAUGCUGCAGGGGCUGCUGGGCUCCGACGACGAGGAGCAGGAGGACCCCAAGGACUACUGCAAGGGCGGCUACUACCCGGUGAGGAUCGGCGACCUGUUCAAUGGGCGGUACCACGUGGUGCGCAAGCUGGGCUGGGGCCACUUCUCCACCGUGUGGCUCUGCUGGGACAUCCAGCGCAAGCGCUUCGUGGCCCUGAAAGUGGUGAAGAGCGCGGGGCACUACACGGAGACGGCCGUGGAUGAGAUCAAGCUCCUGAAAUGUGUCCGAGACAGUGACCCCAGUGACCCCAAGAGAGAGACCAUCGUCCAGCUCAUCGAUGACUUCAGGAUCUCAGGGGUUAACGGGGUCCAUGUGUGCAUGGUGCUGGAAGUCCUGGGCCACCAGCUCCUCAGGUGGAUCAUCAAGUCCAACUACCAGGGCCUGCCCGUGCCCUGCGUCAAGAGCAUCGUGCGGCAGGUGCUGCACGGCCUGGACUACCUCCACACCAAGUGCAAGAUCAUCCACACCGACAUCAAACCCGAGAACAUCCUGCUGUGUGUGGGUGACGCCUACAUCAGGCGCCUGGCCACUGAGGCCACCGAGUGGCAGCAGUCAGGGGCACCGCCCCCGUCCCGCUCCACAGUCAGCACUGCCCCCCAGGAGGUCUUGACCGGUAAGCUGUCAAAGAACAAGAGGAAGAAGAUGCGGCGCAAACGGAAGCAGCAGAAGCGGCUGCUGGAGGAGCGGCUGCGGGACUUGCAGAGGCUGGAGGCCAUGGAGGCGGCGGCGCAGGCUGAGGACGCCGGCUCCAGGCUAGAGGGGGGCAGCGGCUCCACCUCCUCUUCCGGCUGCCACCCUGGGGGGACCAGGGCUGGCCUCUCCCCUGCCUCCUCUUCCCCCGCUGGAGGGGGCGAGCGCAGCCUCAGCCCGGGCUCCCAGACCUCAGGCUUCUCCGGCUCCCUUUUCUCUCCUGCCUCGUGCUCCAUCCUCUCAGGCUCCUCCAACCAACGGGAGACCGGGGGCCUCCUGUCACCCAGCACACCGUUUGGUGCCUCAAACCUCCUGGUGAACCCCCUAGAGCCCCAAAACGCAGACAAGAUCAAGAUCAAGAUCGCAGACCUGGGCAACGCCUGCUGGGUGCACAAGCACUUCACCGAGGACAUCCAGACUCGCCAGUACCGGGCUGUGGAAGUGCUGAUCGGAGCGGAAUACGGGCCCCCCGCCGACAUCUGGAGCACGGCGUGCAUGGCCUUCGAGCUGGCCACCGGCGACUACCUAUUCGAGCCUCACUCUGGAGAAGACUACAGUCGUGACGAGGGUAGGGGGAGGCCGGCCCUGGGCUCAGCCUCGGGGCCUCCCAGCCGCCCGGCUGCCCCCCAGCCUCCUCUCUGUCUACAGACCACAUCGCCCACAUUGUGGAGCUUCUGGGAGACAUCCCCCCAGCCUUUGCCCUCUCAGGCCGCUACUCCCGGGAGUUCUUCAACCGGAGAGGAGAGCUGCGGCACAUCCACAACCUCAAGCACUGGGGCCUGUACGAGGUGCUCAUGGAGAAGUACGAGUGGCCCCUGGAGCAGGCCACGCAGUUCAGCGCCUUCCUGCUGCCCAUGAUGGAAUACAUCCCCGAAAAGCGGGCCAGCGCCGCCGACUGCCUCCAGCACCCCUGGCUCAACCCCUAGGCCUCGACGGGCACUUUGUGCAGCUUGAGGCGGGCCUUGAUCACCCUCAUGCCCCUCCCAGUGCCUUCAGGGAAGGCGGGAUGCCUCCUGCCACCCUCCUGGGUGCCAGCUUUCUCAUAGCCCGUGGCAGGGCAGGAAGAUGCUGGAGCCUGGCCCACCGUUUAGAAUUCGUUCUGCCCCCAACCCUCACAAAGGGCCCUGAGUGGGAAGUGUGCGUAUUUCUUUUCUUAAUAAAGUGUGAGCUGAAACGUCA